AUGGCGACCGGUGGCUACCGGACCGGCGGCGGCGGCGGCAGCACCACAGACUUCCUGGAGGAGUGGAAGGCGAAGCGCGAGAAGAUGCGCGCCAAGCAGAAUCCCCCGGGCCCGGCCGCCCCCGCCGGGGGGACCGGCGACGCGGCCGGCAAGCUCCCGCCGGGGGCCCUGGGCACCUCGGCCGCCGCCGCGGCGGCCAACGAGCUCAACAACAACCUCCCGGGCGGCGGCCCCGCCGGCGGCGCACCUGCCGCCCCCGGCCCCGGGGGCGUGAACUGCGCCGUGGGCCCCGCGCCGCUGAGCCGCGCCGCCCCCGGCCCGCGGCGGCCGGAGGACGAGUCCCCCCCCGCCGCCGCCGCCACUUCGGGGGCAGCGCCCGCCCGGGGCGGCGAGGAGGAGCGAGACUGCGCCCCGGAGAAGGGCAAGAGCUCGGGCCCCAGCGCCAGGAAAGGCAAAGGACAGAUCGAGAAGAGGAAGCUGCGGGAGAAGCGGCGAUCCACCGGCGUGGUCAACAUCCCCGCCGCAGAGUGCUUAGAUGAAUAUGAAGAUGACGAAGCUGGGCAGAAAGAGCGGAAACGAGAAGAUGCGAUUACACAACAGAACACAAUGCAAAAUGAGGCUGUAAGCUUGUUAGAUCCGGGAAGUUCUUACCUGCUACAAGAGCCAUCUAGAACAGUUUCAGGAAGAUACAAAAGCACAACCACCGCCUCUGAAGAAGAUGUCUCAAGUAGAUUUCCCCGAACAGAUAGAAGUGGAUUCAGCAGGUAUAACAGGGAUACAAAUGCUUCAGGUAAUUUGGUCUCAAGUAGCACAUUGGAAAAGAAAAUUGAAGAUCUUGAAAAGGAGGUGGUAAGGGAAAGGCAAGAAAACGUAAGACUCGUGAGACUAAUGCAAGAGAAAGAAGAAAUGAUUGGAAAACUCAGAGAAGAAAUCGAUUUGUUAAACAGAGACCUAGAUGACAUAGAAGAUGAAAAUGAACAACUAAAGCAGGAGAAUAAAACUCUUUUGAAGGUUGUUGGGCAGCUAACAAGGUAG